GCAGUUUCGACGUGAAUUCAUUCAUCGGAUGGAGUCCAAUCAGUGGAGUUCGCCAACGGAGUUCUGGGAUCUGCCGCCCUUCUUCACGUGGGGCAUCUGAGAACCUGCACAGACACAGCCACGCACAGAUCUGUCCAUGCUGCUUACGCCAUGUGCACAAGUCUGCCUUGCUUGAUUCACUUGGUUUGUUUGUUCAGCAUCCAGCCGACCGACGCGACUCGUGAGAAGCAGCUGAGCCUGUGGCUGCAGGUGGUGUGCCACUACUGCAGGGCGCAGCGGCAGUACUUCAUCGACAUAUCCGAGCGAAUGGCCGACUCUGCCCCCUUCCACAAUGCCAAAGCCAAGAGUGAGUGAGCCUACACAGUCAAUGAAUGAAUCACUGAAUCACUGGUGGGACGUGUGUGCAGGGAAGCUGACGCUUGACGGACUGCGCAAGAUCUGCAGCUACAUGGUCCAACACGGUGAGGAGUCGAUAAGUCAAGGAAACACACAAUUGCCGGCCCCAUGUCUGUGUGCAGCUUGCUUGCUGCGUGUGUGUGUGGGGGGUCGUCAGGCCAUGGUGUGUGGAUGGACGAGGGUCAGAACCGCAUGGCUGUCUUCUGGCGGAAGCCGCAGGAGUGGGCCGCCGCCAUAUACAGAUGGGUAGGUAGAGAGCAAAAGGAACGGACGGGAUUUGUUCAUUUAUUCAUUCGACGCGCGAACCAGACACCUACCUGGACGAGGGCCAUUAAUUCAUUCUUGUUCGUUUGCGACGUGCAGGCGUCUGACUCAGGCCAUCUGAACAGUGUGGAAACGCUCUUCUCGCUGAGGGAGGGGGACGACACAAGAGACCAAGGUCAGGCAGGCAGAAAGGCCAAGCAGGCACGUACGACCCGCACCACCUUGGUGGCUGGGUUGCUGGCUGAUGUGUGUUCGUUGCUUUUGUGUUGCAGAUUUCCACGGCUUGCCUCACGAGAUCCUGUUGAUAGCUCUGCAAGCACUCGAGGGCCAGGGCAAGGCACAGGUGUGCGGCCACAUGAAUGAAGCCUCGUGGUGUCCUGCCGUGUCAUUCUGUCACUGUCCACCUGUCUGUCUGUCCACCUGUCUGUUUUUCUGUCUGUCUGGGUUGAUCCAUGCAGAUAUUUCGCGGUUCGUCGAGUGACCAUGACGGGGUCAAGUUCUUCUCCCAGGCCGCAUGA